AUGGGGGAUUCAUCCGACUUUGAGCGAUUUUACAGUGAUUUGAAAGAAACCGAGAAGAGAGACUCGGUAUUAACGUCAAAGCAACAAAUUGAUCGCUUAUUACGUCCUGGCUCCACUUACCUGAAUUUAAAUCCUUUUGAGGUUUUGCAAAUUGAUCCAGAUACAGAUGUUGAGGCGGCUAAGAAGAAGUAUAAAAAGCUUUCUUUGCUUAUUCACCCGGACAAAAAUACCGAUGAUCGUGAAAGAGCUGAACGUGCAUUUGAUGUAGUGAAAAAGGCUAUAAAAAUGAUCGAAGAUCCAGAUGAAUUGGCGAAAUGUCGGGAAACUUAUACAGAAGCAAGAGCUCGUCUAGCAAUCAUUAUGAGCGAAAAACGACGUAAGCAAAAGAAGAAUGGUCAAGGAGAUAAAAUACCUGAAGAUGAACCAGCUGCGUACAAUAAAGCUCUUUGGGUGGUAGUCACGAAGGUGUUUGCUGAUCGUGAGAAAAAGCGGAAAAUGUUGGAAGACAGAGCAAAUGAAGAGAAGAGAAGGGUAGCAGAGGAAAUGCUUGCAGCUGCAGAAAAAAGGAAAAGAGAGGAAGAAUUCGCUAAAAAUUAUGAAGAGUCACGUGAUGAACGUCGAGGUACAUGGAGACAAUUCAUGGCAAAGAAGGCAAAAAAAGAAUACGAAGGAAAAUCACUGAAAGGAACAGCAUUUAAACCACCAAAAAUAAAGCUUGAAACGAGUGGAAAAUAA